AACAUGUUACAGUGAUGCAGAAGACAGAAUAAGGGAACUCCUCUAAGAUAAUGACAUAAAUUUCAAAGGACUAGACACCGCUGCGCAGAGAUCGCUGGAGCAGCUCAGAACGAUUCAGUCUAGGACACGACUUCCACUGAGGAUGUAACCAGUACUGACGAUUCAUACGCAGACCAACCACUGUCGCCUAAAUACUAGGGCCGCAGUUUUCUCCCGCUCUUCCGUACAAUGGCCCAAGAUGGCGGGGCCCGUGAUUGAGAACCAGAUUCAAGAUGGCGGCUUCCGACUUCCCAUGCGGCGUAGCGCGUGACACCGGGGUCACGCCCACUUCCGGCUCCGCGACUUCAGCAUGGCUGCUUUAGGUACCCUGCUUUUGACAGGUGUCCGGAAGCUGCACAGUAGCGUGGCGGCUCGGGCGGGCAGUCAGUGGCGACUCCAGCAGGGCCUGGCUGCUAACCCCUCUGGCUACGGGCCCCUUACGGAGCUCCCAGACUGGUCUUACGCGGAUGGCCGCCCUGCGCCUCCAAUGAAAGGCCAGCUUCGAAGAAAAGCCCAAAGGGAGAAGUUUGCAAGACGAGUUGUACUGCUGUCACAGGAAAUGGAUGCUGGCUUACAGGCAUGGCAGCUCAGGCAGCAGAAGUUGCAGGAAGAAGAAAGGAAACAGAAAAACGCUCUUAAACCCAAAGGGGCUCUACUGCAGAACCCACUACCAAGUCAAUAAAAAGCAAUACUUGUCUCCCUUUCCCAGCCUCUCUCUGGCUUUCUUCUCUAUCACCUACAUGCCUCAUCCCAGUCAGAAGAGAGCCUUCACGUUCCCCAUCUGUCUUCCCGGCACAAGAGCUUGGACACCAGAAAGAACAGCCUGUAAGAUCACUGCCUGGAAGAGUUGGCUUAGUGCCCUCAUCACUGGCUCCGUUCCAGUUCAGUGGAACCUUGCUCUGGGAUGCUUCCCUCCUUCACGAGCCAUAGGACUGGCCCAACUAUGAACAGUAGCUGCUCUGCGAACUGCUAUGAAAAAGGGGCAGCAGUUUUCCUGGUGUUAGCUAGGCACUCAAGCCUUUGACAGCCCAUACACAGCUCAGGCUGUGUGCAGUUACUCAUUUAAUAAAUGUUUUGAUGAAAAAGGC